AUCAGAGCGUAAAAAGGUGAAGGCUUCGCAAGCCUCGGGAGCAUGCCAUGGGAGCAUCCUCGACAAAGAGCGGUGGUCUCCUUCCCAAGUCCGGUGCGCCAAGGGGUCCCAUGGUGUUUUUGGGGAGAGAUGCGAGAGCUUGCUGUGGGCCACGAUCGUCCAACACCUUUUGCCGCAAUGAGUUCUUGGAUAUGCAUUUGUCGAAGUUGGAGGAGCACGACCAGGAGUUUGAUUCCGCCUUCCUGUAUCAGCUACAGGUGAAAAGCAACGAUGUAUCUGACGACAGGUACACGCUCCUCUUCCAACGCACAGAACAGGAGGCACCCAAGUCUGCAGCUCGGGCCGUGGUGCCGCAAAAGGUGCGUCACUUCCUUCGACUGGACUGGAACCCAGACGGUCUGGCCUUUGACGAGCUCAACACUCGGCUUCCUGAGAAUCUGCUGGUGGAGUCGAAGGUUUUUCACCGACCCUUGCGACCAGUGGAACUGGGUCACCAGUUAGAGGAGGUACAAAACAAAACCUUCGAUAUCGCGGAGUGGAACUCGAACCACUUCUGCCAGUAUCUGAUUGCUCAGGUGAGCGGCAAGGCAUACCAGUACAGACGCUAAUCUAUUCAACACAUAAACCAAUCGAAUAUCAUCA